AUGGAAGAUGUGACCGAUCAGGAGAAGUAUCGACAAUCCUGGUCCCAAGGAACCCCUCCUGAUGAUGCCAGCGAUGAAAUCUCCAUUCUCUGCGAUCGCGAUGCCGAAGAAAUCCUACCUUACGAUGCGGAUGAUUCACCCUUCCCGGAGGUCCGCGCUGUUAUCAAGCCAGUUGACGAUGUUUCCCUCCCCGUGAACACCAUUCGGAUGUGGACGAUCGGCCUUCUGUUUACAAUUAUAGGCAGCGGCUUAAAUCAAUUCUUCAGUUUGCGACAACCAAGUGUCACGAUAAGUUCGUUGGUAGCGCAAUUAUUGUCCUUUCCGGUGGGCUGUGCCUGGGCCAAAUGGGUGCCACUCGGCGUGUUUAAUCCCGAUCGCCACUUUAAUAUGAAGGAGCAUGGUCUGAUUACCAUAAUGGCCAAUGUCUCCCUUGGAUCUGCUGCUGCGACCCAGAUCAUUGAGGCGAUUGUCAAAUUCUAUAACCUGCCAUCCCAUGGAGGUUUCGAGGUGUUGCUGUGUAUAACCACACAGAUGUUUGGAUUCGGCCUUGCUGGCAUGGCCGCUCGCUGGCUGGUCACUCCCGCAUCAAUGCUUUGGCCACAAGUCUUGUCCAAUGCGGCUCUGCUAACAACCCUUCAUUCCCAAGAGAACAAGCUCGCAGAUGGUUGGCGGAUCAGCCGUCUGAAAUUCUUUCUCAUUGUCUUCGUCGGUGGGGCCAUCUGGUAUUUUGCUCCUGGCUAUCUGUUCACCGGCCUCAGUACCUUCAGCUUCAUUUGCUGGAUCGUGCCAUCCAAUGUUGUGGUCAACCAACUAUUCGGCCAAGAAACAGGCCUCGGAAUGUCUGUGUUGACUUUUGACUGGGCGCAGGUUGUCUAUGCCAACCAAAGCCCGCUCCUCGUGCCCUUUUGGGCCGGUGCCAAUGUCAUGGGCUCCUUUGCCAUCUUUUUCUGGUUAAUUUGCCCUAUUCUCUACUACACAAACACUUGGUACUCUGCAUACCUGCCGCUUCUCAACUCCAACACGUUUGACAACACAGGGCAUGACUAUAAUACUACGCGUAUUAUGAAUAGAGAUGGAACAGUGAACCAAGCGGCUUUUCGGGAUUACUCGCCACUGUUUUUGCCCGCAGGGUAUGCGAUCACGUUUGGAGUAGCAUUCGCAAACCUGACGGGUAUAUUUUUCCACACUGGACUGUAUCAUGGCAAGGACAUGUGGAACCAGUGGAAAGGAACAAGCAAAUCCGAUGUUCAUGCACGACUCAUGUCAGCGUACAAGGGAGUUCCUUGGUGGUGGUUUGCUAGCGUGACCAUCCUAAUGUUUGUCUUGAGUAUUGUGACAAAUGACGUCUGGCACACUGGUCUGCCCGCCUGGGCGGUACUGGUGGCAUUUUUGCUACCGGUGAUUUAUUUCAUCCCGGUGGGUAUUAUCAAGGCCUUGACGAAUAUCAGUAGCAACCAGAUGAAUCUGUUUACAGAAUUCCUCGGUGGCUAUGCUUUCCUGGGACAGCCGAUAGCAAAUAUGAUGUUCAAGUUUUAUGGAUACGUCGCGGUUGAACAGGGACUUGAAUUUGUUGCCGAUAUGAAAUUGGCGCAUUAUCUUCACAUUCCACCCCGUAUUUUGUUUGCAGCACAGGGACUAGCCACAUUGGUUGGGGCCAUUGUUCAAUGCGGGGUGACAGUGUUCAUGAUCACUCGAAUCGACGGGAUUUGCACGGCUGACGCUGAUGGUAACUUUUCAUGCCCUCAUGGGCGAGUGACCUAUUCAUCAUCUCUGAUAUGGGGUGUCAUUGGCCCUGCUCGCCUGUUUUCUCCUGGUCAGAUUUAUAGCAAUUUACUGUGGUUUUUCUUGGUCGGACCAGUGGUCGUGGUCGCUACCUAUCUUCUGGGCCGUCGAUGGAAAGCUGCAAACUACAUCUCCUGGCCAGUAGCUUUCGGUGCGAUGAGCCUGGUUCCUCCUGCCACAGGUGUCAGCUUCUCAUCCUGGUGGGUGAUUAAUGUCAUCUUCAACGGCUUCCUCCGUCGCCGAAAACCCGCAUGGUGGUCCAAGUAUAACUAUGUAUUGUCUGCCGCGCUUGAUUGCGGUGUUGCGGUCUCGACUGUGAUUAUAUUUUUCUGCAUUACUCUCCCAGCUGGCUCGCUCAGCUGGUGGGGUAAUACCGUAUAUACUAACACUGCUGAUGCUGAAGGCACACCAUACAAGGCCCUUCCUGCCAGAGGCUAUUUCGGUCCAGAAAAGGGGACUUGGCAUUGA